UUCAAAAACCUCUUUGUUUCUGUGAUGUUCUCAUUUUCCACUUUCUCCGCUUGUUGCCACCGAAACUGCUCCCACAACAACAAAGUCACUGCAUUCAUUGAAAAUCUUUGAACGCUUCAAUAGUUUCUGUCUUCAUUCCUUUCUUUUAGUUUGAAUAAAUAGACAUGCCAGAGACUGAGGUAAAAGCAACUAUCAGCAAGUCAACUGGUUUGCCACGAAAGCGCUUCUACCGAGCACGAGCACACAGCAAUCCACUGAGUGACUCUCACUUCCCUGUGCCAAUAUCCCCCAGUCAGUUUGACUAUUCCCUCCAUUACCCUCAGAUCUUUCCAUCGUCUGAUCAAGCCGAUGGUUCUAGAAAGAUCCAGUUUGCUGAUAUUGGCUGUGGUUUUGGAGGGCUGCUCAUUAGUCUUUCAACACUUUUCCCAGAAACACUGAUGAUUGGAAUGGAGCUUAGAGAUAAAGUGACUGAGUAUGUCAAGGAACGGAUUCUAUCUCUAAGGGUAGCAAAUCCAGGUCAAUACCAAAAUGUUUCUGUGGUGCGGACUAACUCAAUGAAGUACAUUCCCAAUUAUUUUGAGAAAGCACAGCUCACAAAGAUGUUUUUCUUGUUUCCUGAUCCUCAUUUUAAAGAGAAGAAUCACCGCCGAAGGGUUAUCAGCCCAUUCUUGCUAGAUGAAUAUGCUUAUGUUCUUAAGGCUGGUGGAAUUAUAUACACAAUUACAGAUGUUGAAGAGCUUGGGGACUGGAUGAAAUCUUGUCUGGAGAAUCACCCCAUGUUUGAAGCCUUGACUGAGAAAGAACUUGAAGCAGAUCCAGUUGUGAAGCUUUUGAGUUCUGCAACUGAAGAAGGUCAAAAAGUUGCAAGAAAUGGGGGGCAAACCUUCCAGGCCGUAUUCAGGCGCAUUGUGCCAUCUGAUCAAACUUCAUAAACUUUGGCUGCACAAUCUUUUGGUGGAAUUUGGAAAGUAAAAAAUAGUCGCUAAGUGAUAGGAAUUAGAUUGGUUUGGCUCCUUUAUAGGUAAACGGUUAGCUACAAAAGGGUUAUAUGGCCUUUAGUAUCUUCAAUUUGUUGUAUGUUUAUUUUUCAUGUUGAUCUGAACACAUUCACCAUUGUUAGGAAUAUUAUGAGUUUCUUUCAGGA